UUUGCCGCAUCGACUUUGACGCGUUGACAAUUUACGGCGGUAGUAAAAUAAGCGAAAAUGUCAUUAAAAACGAAGAAAAUGUUAAAGAUUUUCCAUCCCAUUGAAGAGCAGAUCGAUAAAUUAUCGAAGCUAGUAUUUUACGACUCUGAGGAUUCGACAGAGAUGAUUUUACUGAGCAAACUCGUUUUGGACCAGCUAAAUAGGCUAGCUGAAAAAUUUGAAUGUGCAUCAAAAGAAAAUGCUGACACUUACCAAGAUAUGCAGAAAAAGAUCACGUCUAUUAUCGAAGAUUUCUGUGCUGUAGACUUUGAUCAAAAAGUACUUGAGAAUGUAAAAAAUCAGGUUGAUAAGAGUUUAUUUACCAAAUUGAUUGAAAACUUUGGAUUGUUGUUGGAAAAUCUGGAAGAAACCGAAGUUAUUUCUUUGAAACAAAGUCUUGAAGAAUGUCUAAGUUAUGUCAAAGAUAUGGGAAACGCUUGUGAGAUAGAAGAUUUACAGAACAUCAAAGAACUGGGUACAUCAAUUGCUGAUUUGUUUUGCCUCUUACAGCUGUACAGAAAAAAUUUGAUAUCAAAUCUUCUGUCAGAAAAGUUAGCCUUGUUCUGUUGCCAAUUGUACAUGUCCUUCAGUAUGUUGGUCCAAGUUAUAAAAGAACAACAUCAAAUGAAUGCACCUAAUUAUGCAUGUAAAAAAUACAUAUGUGAGAGGAUGUGCUUCUGCUUUGAAGCAAUCAUAAAUGUCUUGGAAACUCCUUUGCCUUCUGUGGAAGAUGAACGUUUGGAAGAAGAAAAUAACUUUGUUUACAGGAUUGACUUAGUACUAGAUAUUAUUGCUAAUAUGCACAUCAAAACACAAGAGGAGCAGAUCAAAGAGUGUGACGCUCUGUGGCUUGGAAUCGAAGAUGUAUUUGCACAUGCUAUGUCGAUAGCUCAAGUCUGUCAGCCAUACAAUUUCGAAGCUAUAAGUGGAACGUGCCAAACCAUUUUGACAGAAUUUGAAAAUUUAAAAACGCAACUGCGUUCUAAUCCUUCAGAUCCAACAAUGAAUAAUUUAUUCAUGAACACAUUGACUGACGCCUUGUACAGAUUAGAGCGUAAAAUUAAUCUCUCGGUCCUUACACUUGUAAUGGAAGUUUUCAGUGAUCCUUUUGGUGCUUUAAAAAAAUUAAUUAAAACUUGUGGAUCGUCUUUAAGUGCAAGCGAAAGAUCCAAUACAGAUUUGAACGUUUCUAUCGAAGAAUUUGAUCAAUUAUCUGAUAAGUCUGUACAGAUUGGAAAGUUUGCCAUAGCGUGUUGUAGGGACAAAAACCGAGCUGCCAAAAUAAAAAAUUGCCUAGCUAGCUUUGAAUCGUUGGAAAUGGAAUUGAUCCCUUCUAUCACAGCCUUUUAUUUGCAUCCUGACAACGAGGAAAUGCGUGCAUGUGUCAAACUCUUGACUGUGCAAUGGCAACAAGAAAUGAAUAAAUUUCAUGCCACAGUUAAUGUCAUUAUAGAUCCAGUAGCUUACUGUGAGAUUGUUCAAGAUGAUUUGCAACAACGAAUCAGCGCAAUGUAUGAUUGUUUGGAUAACAGAGAAGAUAUAACUGAAUCUCAAGUACAAGUCUUGGUUCAAAGAGCUUUAUCACUGGCCACACAAAUCACUGCUACAAUUGAAGACAUUGGUCAAGAAAAUGUGGAUAAACAAACGCUAAUGAUUAUUCGCGAGCUAAAAUCGGGCAUCUAUGAAGCUGAUAAAGCGUCGAAAAAAUUUCUUCCCAAAAAGGCUACAGCUCCUGAACAACUUCGAGUAAUAAACAGAUGCGAAAUAGUAUUUAAAAUCGUUAAGAGAUUACUUCCCAUACUUUCAACUAUAAUUAACAACUCAAUCAGCAUGAAUACAUCAACUAGUCAAUCAGUAAAAGGGCUGAGUAAAUCAAUCCACAAAAAUCACGGAUUAAGUUUCCCUUCAAGUAUUCAUGGGCUUCCUUUCGACCAAAAGACAAUGACAUACAUAAGAACUCCUUACUCAGUAAAAAGUUACAAACAGCCACUGUCGAUACAACCGGCCAAUACGGUUCCGAGAAACGAGUCGGACGUGUCGGUCUUGAUGCCUUACAUUCAAAAAGGUCGCAUGAUGCGUACCGAAUGGUCCAUCAUGUACAAGACUCCGAUAUCCCGUAAACAAAACUGUACGCCAAAUCAACUGGUCAUGAGAAAUUUAUCAAACGUCAGGCAACACUUAUUUAGUAGAGACAGCUUUUUGAAUGAUGACGAAAUAGAUCUAACGGCGGAGACUCUUGAUUUAACUAACAUACUGGAGAAUCUCACGGGACUUUCAGAUACAUUGGAUUCGGCCAUGAAUGUGAGUACAGAUUCAAUGGGAAAUUCGAAAGCCAAUGCGUGCUUCCCUGUGGAUAAAAUGAAACAGUUGAACAGAUCGCAGAUCAAUAAAAUUGCAAAAAAAGUAGUAAGUUUUGAUUAUUAA